ACGCGCUCCAUCCUCUGCAUCGCUCCCCUCCCCCCACCUCUUUUUUUGCAGCAUCAGUACCGCGUUCGGAAUCGCAUUCGUGUGCUGGAGUCAGAGCGCGCUGCGGGGCAUCACUGCACCGCCACGGAGGACGCACCAUCACUGAACCAGGAACAGGGAGAAGGAGAGAAAAAGGCGUGAAACAGCGCAGAGGGGGAAACCAGGGCGCUCGGUUUUUUCUCAACAUCACCCAAAUCUGUGGAAAACUACAGGAGCCAGACGCUUGAUAUAAUAAAGACACAAACGCAGCGGAAAUCUCAAGCGACGUUUUUGGCCAGCACGGCGGGGAAAAAUGAAGGAUCGCACGCAAGAACUACGAAGUGCUAAGGACAGUGAUGAUGAUGAGGAAGUCGUUCAUGUUGACCGAGACCACUUUAUGGAUGAAUUCUUUGAACAGGUGGAGGAGAUCCGUGGCUGUAUUGAAAAGCUGUCAGAGGAUGUGGAACAGGUGAAGAAGCAGCACAGUGCCAUUCUAGCAGCACCCAACCCUGAUGAAAAAACCAAGCAGGAGUUGGAGGACCUCACAGCUGACAUAAAGAAGACAGCCAAUAAAGUGCGCUCUAAAUUAAAAGCAAUCGAACAAAGUAUCGAGCAGGAGGAAGGUUUGAACAGAUCGUCUGCAGACUUGCGAAUCCGCAAGACACAGCAUUCCACGCUGUCGCGCAAGUUUGUUGAAGUGAUGACGGAGUACAACACCACGCAGUCCAAAUACAGGGACCGCUGCAAGGACCGCAUUCAGAGACAACUGGAAAUUACUGGCAGAACAACUACCAAUGAGGAACUUGAAGACAUGCUGGAGAGCGGGAAGCUGGCUAUCUUCACUGAUGAUAUCAAGAUGGACUCUCAGAUGACCAAGCAGGCACUAAAUGAGAUCGAGACUCGACACACUGAGAUCAUUAAGUUGGAGAACAGCAUUCGUGAGCUGCACGACAUGUUUGUGGACAUGGCCAUGUUGGUGGAGAGUCAGGGUGAGAUGAUUGACAGAAUUGAGUAUAACGUGGAGCACUCUGUGGACUAUGUAGAGAGAGCAGUUUCAGACACCAAGAAGGCUGUCAAAUACCAGAGUCAGGCACGCAAGAAGAAGAUCAUGAUCAUCAUCUGCUGUGUAAUUUUGGGAGUGGUUUUGGCGUCCAGUAUCGGAGGAACACUGGGCUUCUAAACGACACCAAGAGAGAAGAAACAUUCGGAGAGCUGAGUGCUUUACCACUAAAACAUGAGGAAACUGUCAUAAAACGGGGGUUGGGUAGGGUUAAAAGCCGAAUAUUCAAAAUCAUACCAUCGAAAACAAAAUAAAUAACAAAGGAGAUGUUACGUACUAGCUGAUUUAAAUAUAUAACAAGUGGGUUCAAAUAAACGUAAUAUUUACAAACUGUACAUGUAAAUGUAUUGAACAUAAAAGCAGCACAUGGGUUACUACCUGUAAAGGAAUAAAAUCAACUUUUUGUUUUUAUUUUAUUUUUCUAGCGUUGCUUUCAUUUUUGGGGGGGCAUCCAGGACAGUGCCAGGAACUGCUAAAUUUAUUUAUGUUCCAGCAGAACUCGGUGUUUGGCAAACCAUAAAUGCAUUAAGAAUACUAACCUACUGACUGCAUAAAUGUUAGACAAUAGUCAUAGUCAGACGUUCUGAGCGAUUGCUUACAUUCAAACGAAAUCUCUCAUUGUUACGUUAUUAGAAAACUGAUUAUCGAACGCUAACAGUCGGACUGCUCUAGUUUAAAUGCAUCAACCUCAUAGCGGAAUUCUUCGUAGUUUUAUUGUGGGCAACCGAAAACAAGCAACGAAUAAAAACAUGAUCUAAGAAGAAGCACACAUCAUUUAAUUAUAGUGACAGGAAGUGACAUCACUACGUUUGUACAUAGAGGUGAUUUUUUUGUGGCCUUGCCGCCAACUUCAUUUGCUGUACUGCUGUACUAGUUGGCAGUGAAGAAACUGACAUUUUUUAAGUUUAAAUGUCGCCACAUCGUCACACGUUUAGAAAGCGACACUGGGAUUGGUAGGGUGGCAUUGUGUAAACUGUCCAACUAUGCAGUUUUGAUAGCGAAAAGUGCCCCAGAUUUUUUAUUUAAACUGCACUGAAGGACCUACAGAAGGAUAAUGAAAGACAGAUAAAAGAGACACAGUGUAUUUGUCUAUACUGUUCUAGAGAUUUCUUACAAGGAACAUUUUGAAACAGAAAAUUUAAAGAUAGCGUCAAUACUUGAAGCAAUGCCUAGCUUAAAUAUUAUCUUUUGGAGAGUGGUCGGUUCCGCUAGAGUUAAUUUUUCUUAUUAUUUGCUUCAUACAGAUGUUUAUUUAUAUGAUCAUUUAAACGAAACGUUUGGACUGGACAAUUACGGUUUUGAGGGAUUAAAUAGAUUUGAAAGUUUGCUUGAUGUUGUUCAUCUUGGUGCUAGUUAACGAUGAGACUCGUAAAACGAAACGUUCAAAACUGGGACAAGACGGACACCCCACGUUAAAUUCUACAUAUCUUAAAAUGGGGUCAAUAUUUGGUUAUAUCGUACGUUGUAAUGUUCAUCAAGCUACGUUUAACACGUAACUAAUCAAAAUACAUAUAUAGAUAUUUAAGCAAAUUUUAUAUAUAAAUAAAAAACUCAAGUUUAUCUCCUAACGCCCAUGCUAGCACCUUGCCAAGAUUCAAGAUGAAACUAGCUUAGAUUUUGUCAUGGUUUGUCCAAAGAUUUUUU